AAUUGCUAAUGCCGCUUUUGAGCUGAACGGCCAGCGCUACCAGCUGACGGCCAACUCGGGCGCUCUCAGCCUGCACAGUGGACCGCAAGGCUUCGACAAGCGCAAGUGGAGCCUGGUCGGCGAGGAGGGGCAGUCGAUUACGCUGGAGUACCGGGCGGCGGACGGCGAGUCGGGCUACCCGGGGGCGCUUCGGGUGCGCAUUCACUUCACCGUCACCGAUGAGGGCGAGCUGAAGUUGCAGUACUCGGCUGCCCUUGAAGAGGGUUCUUCUGGCGUUAGCACUGUGGUCAACCUCACCAACCACAGUUACUUCAACUUGAACGGCGUCAGCAGCGGCGGAGAGGCGAGCAGCAUUCUCAAGCACAAGGUGCUGAUGGCCGCCGCCAACUUCUUCAUUGAGGUCGAUGACAGCCUGGUGCCCACCGGAAAGCUGGCCCCGGUGGCCGGGACGCUGCUCGACUUUACCGGGCAGGCGAGGACCGUCGAGGAGCGGGUUCAUCAGGUCAAACCCGCCGGCUACGACCACUGCUUCGUUCUCGAAGCGGACCCCGCCAAGUGGGCCAUUGCUCCGGCGGAGCUAAAGCAGGCGGCGCUGGUCGUCUGGUCCCCGCUGAGCGGCAUCAAACUGGAGAUGGCCACCACUGAGCCCGGUUUCCAGUUCUACACCGGCUCGAAGAUUAUGGAGGGCCACCGGCAGAAGGCAAGCCAGGGCAAGGGCCUGGAGCCCAUUAUUGGGCCCUACUCGGGCUUCUGCGCCGAGGCGUCGCGCUUUCCUGACGCGCCCAACCAGUGGCCCGCGCAGGUGGUGCUCGCACCGGGGCAGCAGUACGCGCAGACCACCGUCUACAAGUUUGGCCUCGCCAGUGAGCUCUAA